GAAAACUGGAGAACCAAGGCCAGGAGGCAGAAGGAGGUGGCUGACCCGGCCCGGCGGCGGCCCAGCACGCGCAGGCCACCCAGAGUGGAGGUGGGAAACGGCGUUACGCCCCUUUCCCUUUUCCUGGUCCCGCGGCGCUACCUCGUGUGCCACCCUUAAAGCGUAGUCCCCGCCGAGAAGGCCCGCGCCUGAGUGGCGAAGGGACGAACUGCGCCCUGAACAGGCCGCGAAGCACGGCCCGGGGCGGACCGCCCUCACUCUCCUAGUCCAGGCGCGCUGAGCACAGGGCGGCGCUGUCCUCACCACCGCGUAAGUCGCCGCAGGGCGUUUCCGGGCGGAGGAAACCUACACGUGAUGGGCGCCCACCAAGUGCCAGCACCGCCUCCUCCAGCUCCGCCAAGUAGGUGGGAUCCACUACUUUGCAGAGGAGGAAGCCGUUCAGGCCUCCCUCUGUGCACUUUGCAGAAACCUCUGCCCUUCCAUCUCGAAUCCCUUGGCGCCGAUCACACUUCCUCUGCCUGGAAACCUGGAGCCGUCUCUCGCGAGACGUCCUCCGUCCUGUAGAAGGCCGUUUCGGUUCUUCGUGCGCGGUAGCCGCCCCACUUGCGGGAUUCCAAGGCCUCAUCGGGUGCAGGUAUCUGGCUGUGGAUUCGCCGCCGUCCCGCUGGACGCCUGGAGGCUCGAACCCCGCCGCCCCCCGACCCCAGGCUUUGCACCCAGCCCGGCUUCCGCCCACUGUGCUGCCCUUCCUCGGACCUGGGCUGUCGGGAGAGCUGGAGAUGUUCACCCUUCCUCAAAAGGACUUCAGGGCUCCCACCACCUGUCUGGGCCCCACCUGCACGCAGGACCUGGGCAGUAGCCAUGGGGAUGAUCUGGAAGGAGAAUGCUCCAGAAAACUGGACCAGAAGCUGCCAGAGCUCUGUGGAGUGGGUGAUCCUGCCACGAUCUCCUCUGAUACCUCCUACCUGUCCUCUAGAGGAAGAAUGAUUAAAUGGUUCUGGGAUUCAGCUGAGGAGGGCUACAGGACCUACCACAUGGAUGAAUAUGAUGAGGACAAGAACCCCAGUGGCAUCAUUAACCUGGGCACCAGUGAGAACAAACUCUGCUUUGACCUGCUGUCCUGGCGGCUGAGUCAGAGCGACAUGCAGAGGGUGGAGCCAUCCCUGCUGCAGUAUGCUGACUGGAGGGGACAUCUGUUCCUCCGGGAGGAAGUGGCCAAGUUCCUGUCUUUCUACUGCAAGAGCCCAGUACCCCUCAGACCAGAGAAUGUGGUUGUCCUGAAUGGUGGUGCCUCGCUCUUCUCUGCUCUGGCCACGGUGCUGUGUGAAGCCGGGGAGGCUUUCCUGAUCCCCACCCCUUACUAUGGCGCCAUCACACAGCACAUGUGUCUCUAUGGCAACGUCCGGCUGGCCUAUGUCUACCUGGACAGUGAGGUCACUGGGCUAGACACACGCCCCUUCCAGCUCACAGUGGAGAAGCUGGAGAUGGCCCUGCGAGAAGCUCACUCCGAGGGUAUAAAGGUCAAAGGCCUCAUCCUCAUCAACCCCCAGAACCCUCUGGGUGACAUCUACUCCCUGGAAGAGCUGCAGGAGUACCUGGUAUUUGCCAAGAGGCACAGGCUGCAUGUGAUUGUGGAUGAGGUCUACAUGCUGUCCGUGUUUGAGGAGUCUGUUGGGUACCACAGUGUCCUAAGCCUGGAAAGGCUGCCUGACCCCCAGAGGACCCAUGUGAUGUGGGCAACCAGCAAGGACUUCGGGAUGUCUGGGCUCCGCUUUGGCACGCUGUACACAGAAAACCAGGAUGUGGCCACUGCCGUGGCUUCCCUCUGCCGCUACCAUGGCCUCAGUGGCUUGGUCCAGUACCAGAUGGCACAGCUGCUCCGGGACCGUGACUGGAUCAACCAGGUGUACCUGCCGGAAAACCAUGCCCGGCUCAAGGCUGCCCACACCUAUGUCUCAGAAGAGCUCAGGGCGUUGGGGAUCCCCUUCUUGAGUCGUGGGGCUGGCUUCUUCAUCUGGGUUGACUUGAGAAAGUACCUGCCCAAGGGCACCUUUGAGGAGGAAAUGCUGCUCUGGCGCCGCUUUUUGGACAACAAGGUGCUGCUGUCCUUUGGCAAGGCCUUCGAGUGUAAAGAGCCUGGUUGGUUUCGCUUUGUCUUCUCAGACCAGGCCCACCGGCUUUGCCUGGGGAUGCAGAGGGUCCGGCAGGUGCUUGCAGGCAAAUCCCAAGUGGCAGAAGACCCCCGUCCCUCUCAGAGCCAGGAGCCAAGUGACCAACACAGGUGAGCUGGUCAUUGUCUCGUGGCCGGAGGGCCCAGCAGCCACUGUGGACCUGGGGCGUUCUGGGGCUGCAGAAGACUGACUGUGGAUGUGCCAUUUGCCAGGAAGGUAUCUAACUUGGCUUUGUGCCUGAAGAACUGUUUCUUGUCUUUUGCUGUAGCAGUGGGAAACACCUUAAGCUGUGGUUCAGCCUGGGCCCUCCCUCUCUCCUAUUAAACAAAACUAGGAGAGUCCAUAUGUCUCCAUUGUGAGUUAUUUAGAAUGGAGGAGUCGUGACUGCUUCUAACCAGAGCCUCAGCCCCCCUGAGGAUGUGAAAAGAAAACAAACAACUUGUACCUUCUUUCUGAUAUCACCGUCAUUCCUCUUUCUUUGUCACCAAGGAAACGAGUCAAAGGAACAGCACAUACAGGAGAGUUUGCAGAAAAAUAAAAAAAAAGUGAUAAAUUUCGAACUCCGAGGAGAAUGGAAUGAAUGUUGUUUGUUCAGAUUGUUCUCCCCACACUUAAGACAGUUGGACUCAACAGCACACUGGGAUCGUGGGACCGUCUUCUGAUUGGGACGAGGUGAACAGGACUCUAUGGUGGAAGUCAGGAGAGGCAUCUUUAUGGGAGCUGAAGUGGUCCCUCAAUCUCCAGGAAGCUCCUUCUCCCUCUCCCUUUGAAAGAGCUGCCUUCACUGAUGUCCCCAAAGCAGAGUGACCUAGUGAUGGUUGUUGGGGGAAGAUUUGGGGCUGGAACCCUGAACUGAGGCUGCUAUGAGGCCAAGCUAACCAAGGCUGGCUUUUCUACUGUAAGGAUGCAGAUGAGGGCCGCCUACCUCAUUUUCAGGGGUGCGUUAAUUCAGAGGCUAAAUGAGCUUCUAGAUCUGACCAUAAAGCUGUGUGCUGAGGAGCCUUCCCAGGUGCUGAUACUCCUGCUUGGAAGCCGAUGCUUUCCUUCUUUCUGUUUUUUUUUGAGAUGGAGUCUCACUUUGUCGCCCAGGCUGGAGCAGUGGCGCAAUCUCGGCUCACUGCAACCUCCACCUCCUGGGUUCAAGUGAUUCUCCUGCUUCCGCCUCCCGAGUAGCUGGGAUUACAGGUGCCCGCCACCAAGCCCAGCUGAUUUUUGUAUUUUUAGUAGAGAUGGGAUUUUGCCAUGUUGGCCAGGCUGGUCUUGAACUCCUGACCUCAGGUGAUCCACCCGCCUUGGCCUCCUGAAGUGUUGGAAUUACAGGCGUGAGCCACCACGCCUGGCCCAAGACUUCUUUUUGAGAUCACUUUUCUUUUGCCUGGAGUAUAGCACUUCAGUGUCCUUUGGUGAGGGUCUGCUGAUGAUGAACCCUCAGUUUCUGCUUGUCUGUAUUUUGCUGUUUUUAUUUUAUUUUAUUUUAUUUUAUUUUAUUUUAUUUUUUAUUCUAUUCUAUUCUAUUUAUUUUAUUUUAUUUAUGUUAUUUUAUGUUAUUUUAUUUUAUAUCAUUUUAUUUUAUUUUAUGUUAUUUUAUUGAGACAGAGUCUCACUCUGUUGCUCAGGCUGGAGUGCAAUGGUGUGAUCUUUGUUCACUGCAACCUCCGCCUCACAUGUUCAAGUGAUUCUCGUGCCUCAGCCUCCCAAGUAGCUGGAAUUACAGGCAUGGGCCACCACACCUAGCUAAUUUGCAUUUUUAGUAGAGACAGGGUUUCACCAUGUUGGCCAGGCUGGUCUCGGAACUCCUGACCUCAAGUGAUCCACCUGCCUUGGCCUCCCAAAGUGCUGGGAUUACGGGCAUGAGCUGCCUCACCUGGCCUGCUCUAUUUUUGAAAGAAUUUCACUGGGUAUAGGAUUCCAGGUUAAUAGUUAUUUUCUGACUUCCAUUGUCCCUGUCAAGUAGUCAGCUGUCAGUCUGUGGCUUCUUCAAAGGUGAUCUGUUUCCUCUGUCUCAACGCCUUUAAAACAUACUCUGAUCAUUGAUGUCAUACAGUGUUACUAUUAUAUAUCUCGAUGGUUUCUUUUUACUGAUCUUAUUUUGGGUAUUGAGAUUCUUGCAUCUGUGGAUUCUUUCAGCAGCUCUGGAAAGUUCUCAUCAAAUAUUUCUUCUGCCUCAUUCUCCCUCUUCUCUCCCUCUGGAAUUCCUAUUAAAUAUAUGAUAUAGAUCAACUUGCUCUGUCUUCAUGUCUCCUAAUCUCUUUUUCAUAUUUUCUUUCUCAUCUUUCUGUGCUACAUUCAGGGUAAUUUGUUUUGAUCUAUUUUUCAGUUUAAUAAUUCUUUCUUUAGCUGGAUCUAAUCUGCUUUAAUCUAUUUGAGUUUUAAAUUUAAGCAAAUAUAUUUUUAUUAGUAGAAGUUCUAAAAGUUAUUCUUUAUACCUUAAGCUUGUUUUUAAUUUUUAAGAUAUAAUAAGCAUAAUAAUAAUAAUAAUUUUAUUUUUUGAGACAGAGUCUCACUCUGUCACCCAGGCUGGAGUGCUGGAGUGCAGUGGCAUGAUCUCAGCUCAGUACAACCUCUGUCUCCCAGGUUCAAGCGAUUCUUCUGCCUCAGCCUCUAAAGUAGGUAGGAUUACAGGUGUGCACCACCAUGCCUGGCUAAUUUUUGGCAUUUUUAGUAGAGAUGAGGUUUUGCCAUGUUGGCCAGGCUGGUCUCAAACUCCUGGCCUUAAGUGGUCCACCUGCCUCAGACUCCCAAAGUGCUGGGAUUACAGGUGGGAAUCACCAUACCUGGCCAAUUAUUUUUAUAUACCUCUAUGCAUCUUUCUAUGUAUGUAUUAUUGUAUGUAUCUAUUUCCCGUAUUCCAGUGUCUGAAAUCUUUGCUGGUUUGUUUCUGCUAUUCUGUCUCAUGCCUUCAUUCUUUUUGAGUUUAGUGAUUUUUUUAUGGUGAGCUGUACAUUUUUGGGGGAAAUUUAUUUGUUGGAAUUCUUUGAAGUCUUAGAUGAAGACAGAUUCCUCAAGAGAGUUUUUUUGUGUGUUUAUUUCUUCCAGGCAACUAGAGGCAAUGCCAGUCUUCAAACUAAAUAUUUAGCUUUUUUUUUUUUUUUUUUUUUUUGGCCAUCAGUUGCUGUGAGUUUGGCCUGGAAAUCUAGUCUGGCAAGAGCCAGCUUUUGGUUACAACUUCUCAGGUUAACUUUCCUCCUUUAACACCAAGGUUUGAGACAGCUUUCCUUGCAGUCUGCUGAAGAGGGAGGAAAGGAUGUGAUUCUUGUUUAGCCUUAUUUUGCGGAGUUAGCUUUUUGGAGUCCUGGCUUUAUUGGAGAAGAGUUUCCUAUUAGAUUUCUCAUCUUUAGUCAGCCUCCAGGAUAUUGGGAAAAUAGAAGCUCAAGAUCAUUGUUUUGGCAAAUGCUUCAAGAUGAAAGCCAGCAUCAUAGUUGUCACUCAGUCCCAUGCCUAAUCAUUCCUUUGUUUUGUUCCAGCUAAUGCAUGUGCUCGUGAAAAUUGUGUGUGUUUUUUUUUUUUUUUUGAGAUGGAGCUUUGCUCUUGCUGUUCAGGCUGGAGUGCAAUGGUAUAAUCCUGGCUUACUGCAACCUCCGUCUCCUGGGUUCAAGUGAGUCUCCAGCCUCAGCCUCCUGAGUAGCUGGGACUAACAGGUGCCACCACAUCUGGCUAAUUUUUUUUUUUUUUUUUUUUUUUUAGACAGAGUCUUGCUCUGUUGCCCAGGCUGGAGUGCUGUGGCAGGAUCUUGGCUCACUGCAAGCUCCGCCUCCCAGGUUCACGCCAUUCUCCUGCCUCAGCCCCUCAAGUAGCUGGGACUACAGGCUCCUGCCACCGCACCCGGCUAAUUUUUUGUAUUUUUUUAGUAGAGAUGGGGUUUCACCAUGUUAGCCAUGAUGGUCUUGAUCUCCUGACCUCGUGAUCCACCUUUUUUUUUCUUUCUUUUUUUUUUUUUUGUAUUUUUAGUAGAGACAGGGUUUCAUCAUGUUGGCCAGGCUGGUCACGAACUGCUGACCUCAGAUGAUCCUCUUGCCUCGGCUUACCAAAGUGCUGGAAGUACAGGCUGAGCCACCGCGCCUGGCCUGAACAUUGUGUUUUUAACUCAGCAUUGUUAUUUGUUUUCAGUGUAUGUGGUAGGGAGAGGGGUCUUUCUUACUGUAAAUGACCACAUGGGCUUUCCUUUUGCACUCUCAUUUAAUCCUGACUUCAUCACAAGGCAGAUAUUGCUGUCCUGGUUAUGUUUUUAAGUAGAAUUUCCAUGGUGUAUAGCUUUUCACUAUUAUGAAUAAUGCUGCUGUGAACAUUCUUGAAUAUGACUUUUUGGGACACAUAUACACAUUUCCUUAUGAUAUGUACCUGCUAGAUAAUGGGGUAAGCUCAGCUUUAGUAAAUACUGCCAGUUUCCUAAUAUGAUUCUACCGAUGUAUAGAAGUGUAUAAAAAUUCUAUUAGCUCCUCAUCCUUGCCAACUUUUAGGUAUUAUCAGGUAAAAAAGGUAUGUAGAAGUAUCUCAUUGUAGGCUGGGUAUGGUGGCUCAUGUCUGUAAUCCCAGCACUUUGGGAGGCUAAGGUGGGUGGAUCACCUGAGGUCAGGAGCUCGAGACCAGCCUGGCCAACAUGGUGAAACCCCGUCUCUAUUAAAAAUACAAAAAUUAGCUGGGUGUGGUGGCAGGCACCUGUAAUCCCAGCUACUCAGGAGGCUGAGGCAGGAGAAUCACUUGAACCCAGGAGGCGGAGGUUGCAGUGAACAGGGAUUGCGCCACUGCACUCCAGCCUGGGUGACAGAGCAAGUCUCUGUCUAAAAAAAAAAAAAAAAAAAAAAGGAAACAUCUCAUUGUAGUCUGCAUUUUCUUCUGUUCUGGUACAAAAACCAUGUAACAUUUACCAUUUUAACCAUUUUUAAGUGUAUUCUUCAGUAAUGUUAAGUACGUUCCCAUUGUGGUUAAACAGAUCUCCGGGAGUUUUUCCUCCUGCAAAACUGAAUCUCUACACCAGUUAAACCACUCUUCCUGCACUCUUCCUCUCAGCUCUUGUUAACCACUAUUCUACGUUUUGUUUCUAUGAAUAUGACUAAACCUCCUGUAAGUGGAGUCACACAAUAUUGGUCCUUUUGUGAAUGGCUUAUUUCACUUCACAUAAUGUCCUUAUGGCUCAUUCAUGUCAUAGCAUUUGAUAGGCUAUCUUUCUUUGUUAAGGCUGAGUAAUAUUCCAUUAUAUGUCUAUACCAUAUUUUGUUUAUCAUUUACCUAUCCAUGGUCAUUACGCUGCUAUCUCUUGUUGGCUCUUGUGAAUAGUGCUGCUGACAGAGCAGGAGCAUCGCCAUCUUGGACAAGCACUGUCAUUUUAAAGUUCACAUUGAUCAAAAACUGCCCAAAUCCAAAGGGCAUCACUCUAAUGGCUAAGGUCAGCAUGACCAUAAACCACAAAUUACAUUUCUGACCAGAAACAUUCCAAACCCCUGCCUGACUAGAGACAUGCCAGCCCUGAGAUAACCUCCUCUCCAGCAGGAGAGAUGUCAGCCCCAAGAUCACCUCCCCUCUGACCAGAGACAUUCCAACCCCACCAUAAGCUUCUCCCUUACACAGAAACAGUCCAAGCCUGUGAUAAGCUGUCUCUCCCUGAACCCUUAAAUAAUCUUAGUCUGUGAGAGAACACGCUCCUGACCGAAAGCAGCCAGAAGCCCCUCUCAGUUUUAUUCUCCACAACAAGCCUGUCUUUGACUAUUGAGCCACUUUUCAUGUUUCUUUCCUCUUUCUUUAACUGAUAUACUGCUAUGAACAUGGGUGUGCAGCUAUCUCUCGAAGACCCUGCUUUCAAUGCUUUUGGGUAUAUACCCAGAACUGGAAUUUUUGGGUCAUAUGGUCAUUCUAUUCUUAAUUUUUUGAGGAACCAUCAUACUGUUUUCCAUUGCAGUUGCACUAUUUUACAGUCCUGCCAACAGUGCACAGGGGUUCCAAUUUCUCCAUGUUCUCACUAGCACUUGUUUCUGUUUUGUCGUUGUUGUUGUUGUUUUAAGAUGGAGUCUUGCUCUGUUGCCCAGGCUGGAGUGCAGUGGCAUGAUCUCAGCUCACUGCAACCUCUGCAUUCCAGGCUCAAGAUAUUCUCCAGCCUCAGCCUCCCAAGUAGCUGGGAUUACAGGCACGCAUCACCAUACCUGGCUAUUUUUUGUAUUUUAGUAGAGAUGAGGUUUCACCAUGUUGGCUAGGCUAGUCUUGAACUGUUGACCUCAAGUGAUUUGCCCACCUCAGCCUCCCAAAGUGCUGGAAUUACCUCACUGGCCUUAUGUUUUUUUUGGUAGCUAUCCUAAUAGAUAUGAGACAGUAUCUCAUUGUGGUUUUGAUUUGCAUUUCUCUGAUAGUUAGUGAUGUUUAGCAUCUUUUCAUACUUGUUGGCCAUUUGCAUAUCCUCAUUGGAGAUAUCUCUAUUCCAUGUGGUUUGCAUUUCCUGCUGCUAAUGAUAUUGAACAGGUUUUCAUGUGUGUGUUACCCUUUUAUGUAUCUUCUUUUGUGUGGUGUUUAAGAAUUCUGCUCAUUUAAAAAAUUGUCUUUUUCUAACUGAAGUGUAGGAGUUCUUUAUAUAGCCUGAAAAUGAGUCCUUUGUCAGAUACCUUUAAAUUAUCAACAUUCAUAGUUAACAAAGUCUAAAUUUUACCUUCUUUAUCCUCUACCUGAACAUGAAAUGACCUCAGAACAUUGAGCUCUUACUCCUUUACUUUCAUCUCAUUUGAUAUUGUUGGCUGGUAUAUUAGCUACACCUAGUUUUUUUUUGAAACAGAGUCUUGCCUUGUCGCCCAGGCUGGAGUGCAAUGGUGUGAUCUUGGCUCACUGCAACUUCCACCUCCAGGGUUCAAGCUAUUUUCCUGCCUCAGCCUCCUGAGUAGCUGGGAUUACAGGCAUGCGCCACCAUGCCUGGCUAAUUUUUGUAUUUUUAGUAGAGACAGGGUUUCACCAUGUUGACCAGGCUGGUCUCAAACUCCUGACCUCAGGUGAUCCAGCUUCCUUGGCUGCCCAAAGUUCUGGGAUUACAUAGGCAUGAGCCACCACACCCGGUCCUAGUUUUUAAAUUUCUAAAUUAUUUUUCUAGUUUUAUACAGUCAGUAUUUGUUUUGAUUUACCCACAGGUUUAUCAGUUUCAUUGUUUCCCGGCCCUACUUCAUUGCAGUACUUCCUUUUGGUUUUAAUUUUUUCCUUCCUAAUAUUCUUAAGAAGUUCCUUUAGGAAGGAUCUAUUGAUGGUAAUCUCUUUCUAUUUGUAUUUGUCUAAGAUAUCUUUACUUCCCUGUUAUUCUUCAAAGAUGGUUUUAUUGGGUAUACAAUUAUACAUCAUUAACUAUUGCCCUCUCAGCCUUUUUACCAUGAUUUUUUGGCUUUAGGUUUUCGUUGUUGAGAAGUCUGCUAUUAGUCUCAUUGUUAGUUCAUUGCAGGUGAUCAUCUCUGCUCAAUUUUGGAAAAUUCUUAGCUAUCAUCUCCUUGGACAUUACCUUCACCUCCUUUUCUCUAUUCCCUCCUUUUAGAUAUGUGCCAUUUUCUUCAUGUCUCCUCUCCCUCUCUUAACUUCUCUUUCCUAUAUUUAAUUCCUUUGUUUCCUGCCUUUCAGAUCAAUCGUUGUUGUUUCUAACCUACUAUUUAACUUAUGCAUUGACUUUUCAAUUUCGAUGUUUAUAUUUAGUACAUUUUUAGUCUCCUUGGUCUUUUAAAAAUAUAACAUCUUAUUUCUUUGUAAUGUUUUGCAUUCAUUUUAAGUCUUUGAGUGCUAUAAACAUACUUGUUUCAUAUUUAUAUAUCAUAAUUCAAUUAUAUGUAGUUCUUGGGGGUUAAAUUUCUGCUGUUUGUGAUUUCUGAUGGUUUGUUUUCUCAUAUGCUUUGUAGUUCUGAAUUGUGAGUUUACAUUUGUCAGGGUUUUAUUUGUCAGAAUCCUAGGUAGCUUGUGUUGAGGAUGUGGGUCUCCAAAGGGGCUUUAUGUUUCCUUCUGUUGGGUGUCUUUGGGUGCUACCAACCUGGGAAUACUGUAUGUUACUAUCCUGGCUUGGAGCUUCCUAGACCAUGCUGGUAGUAUAAAUUCAAACCCCAGAUGGUCGUAAAGCUUGAUUGCUAUGAACUGAAUGUUCAUCCCCUCCCACACCUCAUUCAUAUGUUGAAGUCCUAAUCCCCAGUGUGAUGAUUAUUGGAGGUGGGGCCUUUGGGACGUAAUUAGGUCUUGAGGGUGGAAUCCUCAUGAGUAGGAUUAGUGCCCUGACAAAAGAGGCACAGAAAGGACUUUUUCUCCACCAUAUGAGAAUAUAGCAAGAAGGUAACCCUCUGCAAACCAGGAAAAGAGCCCUCAUCAGGAACCAAAUUGGCCAGCACCUUGAUCUUGGACUUCCUAGCCUCUAGAGCUGGGAGAAAUAAAUUCCUGUUGUUUAA